UCGGUGGUGGAAGAAAUGACACGUGUAAUAUAAAUUCCUCUAUUCUAUCUAUCGCUUCAAAAUCAAAAUAAUAUCCAAAAUCCAAUCCAAACCUAUUCCUCUUCUUCACCACCAUCAACAACGCGAUUUGGUUCCGUUGUUGAACUCGAAAUGGCUAUUUUCUCUGCAACCCUAGGUUCCUUUGGUGCCAUUUCCUUCCUCUCAUCUUCACAAUCACAACAACACGAUCCUUCUUCUUCUUCCAUCGUCAAUCCUUUCAAUUUCCCUAAAUGCCCUCACAAGUUACCACCACCUUGCCAAUGGCAUCCUCACUAUCGUCAUCACAAUCCUAAAAUCAUGGUAUCUAGUAGUAGUAGCAGUAACAAUACUCAUAUUGAUGAAUUCGACAGCGGUCUUCUUCAACGCCCUUCUGCUCCUGACUCUUAUGAUGCUCUUCGUCAAGCCAGGAGAUCGUCAGAUUGGAAGGCUGCAAACGCAUAUAGAGACAGUGGACUCAUUUACAAUGGUAGGGUUGAGGGUUUUAAUGCUGGAGGCCUGCUGGUUCGGUUUUACUCUAUCAUGGGCUUUCUCCCGUACCCACAGCUGAGCCCCGUGCAUUCAUGCCAAGAACCAGAUCAAACUAUCAAAGAACGCGCAAGAGAGUUGAUCGGUGCCAUCUUAUCAGUGAAGGUAAUUAUAGUAGACGAGGAGAAACGGAAAUUGGUCUUAUCUGAAAAGGAAGCUUCAUGGUUUAAACAUUCAAAACAUAUCAACAUAGGGGACCUUUUUGAAGGAAGAGUCGGUUCUGUUGAGGACUAUGGGGCUUUUGUUCAUCUGCGCUUCCCUGACGGUCUUUAUCACCUUACCGGACUAAUACAUAUCUCAGAAGUGUCGUGGGAUCUAGUUCAAGAUGUAAGAGACUUCUUAAGAGAAGGUGAAGAAGUGAGGGUCAAAGUUAUCAGUAUUGAUACUGUAAAAAUGAGGCUUACACUGUCAAUUAAACAGCUAGAAGAAGAUCCACUGCUAGAAACUCUGGACAAAGUAAUACGUCAGGAUGGUUCAGGUGUUCCCAAUUCUAUCAGCAGUACUACUAGCAGUCCCAUCGAUCCCCUACCGGGGCUGGAUACAAUACUUGAAGAGCUAUUGCAGGAAGAUGGCAUAAACGAGGCAAGAAUCAGCCGUCAGGGGUUUGAAAAACGAGUGGUCUCACAAGACUUGCAGCUUUGGCUUUCUAAUGCACCUCCGAUGGACCAAAGGUUUACUCUCCUUGCUCGAGCUGGAAGACAGGUUCAGGAGAUACAUCUGAAAACUUCCCUUGACCAGGAAGGUAUAAAAAAGGCAAUACAACGAGUAUUGGAGCGUGUUCCUUGAAUCUGAUUGAUUACACUUCCCUCUCAAUAAUAAUCACAAGAUUUUGUACAGCUUUCACAUUUAUUUAAUGGUUUCAGAAAGACAAAUGCCAAGUAGUGAUUCAUUUAACCUAUCGCAAAAGUUUCCAAUUGUAAUAACUCCGUUUAUUGUCAAUUUACUUUAAUUCAAAAAUGCCAGCACUCUUUAGAUUCUAA